AUGGUGCGUGCUGCAUGCAUGGUACGUGCUGCAUGCAUGGUGCGUGAUGCAUGCAUGGUGUGUGAUGCAUGCAUGGUGGGUGCCGCAUGCAUGGUGGGUGCUGCAUGCAUGGUGGGUGCUGCAUGCAUGGUGGGUGCUGCAUGCAUGGUGCGUGAUGCAUGCAUGGUGCGUGAUGCAUGCAUGGUGGGUGCUGCAUGCAUGGUGGGUGCUGCAUGCAUGGUGCGUGCUGCAUGCAUGGUGCGUGCUGCAUGCAUGGUGCGUGCUGCAUGCAUGGUGUGUGCGUGCUGCAUGCAUGGUGUGUGCGUGCUGCAUGCAUGGUGUGUGCGUGCUGCAUGCAUGGUGCGUGCUGCAUGCAUGGUGCGUGCUGCAUGCAUGGUGGGUGCUGCAUGCAUGGUGGGUGCUGCAUGCAUGGUGCGUGCUGCAUGCAUGGUGCGUGCUGCAUGCAUGGUGCGUGCUGCAUGCAUGGUGCGUGCUGCAUGCAUGGUGCGUGCUGCAUGCAUGGUGUGUGCUGCAUGCAUGGUGUGUGCUGCAUGCAUGGUGGGUGCUGCAUGCAUGGUGGGUGCUGCAUGCAUGGUGCGUGAUGCAUGCAUGGUGCGUGCUGCAUGCAUGGUGCGUGCUGCAUGCAUGGUGCGUGCUGCAUGCAUGGUGCGUGCUGCAUGCAUGGUGCGUGCUGCAUGCAUGGUGUGUGCUGCAUGCAUGGUGUGUGCUGCAUGCAUGGUGGGUGCUGCAUGCAUGGUGGGUGCUGCAUGCAUGGUGCGUGAUGCAUGCAUGGUGCGUGCUGCAUGCAUGGUGCGUGCUGCAUGCAUGGUGCGUGCUGCAUGCAUGGUGCGUGAUGCAUGCAUGGUGGGUGCUGCAUGCAUGGUGGGUGCUGCAUGCAUGGUGCGUGCUGCAUGCAUGGUGCGUGCUGCAUGCAUGGUGCGUGCUGCAUUCAUGGUGCGUGCUGCAUGCAUGGUGCGUGCUGCAUGCAUGGUGCGUGCUGCAUGCAUGGUGCGUGCUGCAUUCAUGGUGCGUGCUGCAUGCAUGGUGCGUGCUGCAUGCAUGGUGCGUGCUGCAUGCAUGGUGGGUGCUGCAUGCAUGGUGGGUGCUGCAUGCAUGAUGCGUGCUGCAUGCAUGGUGCGUGCUGCAUGCAUGGUGCGUGCUGCAUGCAUGGUGUGUGCUGCAUGCAUGGUGCGUGCUGCAUGCAUGGUGCGUGCUGCAUGCAUGGUGCGUGCUGCAUGCAUGGUGCGUGAUGCAUGCAUGGUGCGUGAUGCAUGCAUGGUGCGUGCUGCAUGCAUGGUGGGUGCUGCAUGCAUGGUGCGUGCUGCAUGCAUGGUGCGUGCUGCAUGCAUGGUGCGUGAUGCAUGCAUGGUGGGUGAUGCAUGCAUGGUGGGUGCUGCAUGCAUGGUGGGUGCUGCAUGCAUGGUGCGUGCUGCAUGCAUGGUGCGUGCUGCAUGCAUGGUGCGUGCUGCAUGCAUGGUGCGUGCUGCAUGCAUGGUGCGUGCUGCAUGCAUGGUGCGUGCUGCAUGCAUGGUGGGUGCUGCAUGCAUGGUGCGUGCUGCAUGCAUGGUGGGUGCUGCAUGCAUGGUGGGUGCUGCAUGCAUGGUGCGUGCUGCAUGCAUGGUGCGUGCUGCAUGCGUGGUGCGUGCUGCAUGCGUGGUGCGUGCUGCAUGCGUGGUGCGUGCUGCAUGCCUGGUGCGUGCUGCAUGCAUGGUGCGUGCUGCAUGCAUGGUGCGUGCUGCAUGCAUGGUGCGUGCUGCAUGCAUGGUGUGUGCAGCAUGCAUGGUGCGUGCUGCAUGCAUGGUGCGUGAUGCAUGCAUGGUGCGUGCUGCAUGCAUGGUGCGUGCUGCAUGCAUGGUGCGUGCUGCAUGCAUGGUGCGUGCUGCAUGCAUGGUGCGUGCUGCAUGCAUGGUGCGUGAUGCAUGCAUGGUGCGUGAUGCAUGCAUGGUGGGUGCUGCAUGCAUGGUGGGUGCUGCAUGCAUGGUGCGUGCUGCAUGCAUGGUGCGUGCUGCAUGCAUGGUGCGUGCUGCAUGCAUGGUGCGUGCUGCAUCCAUGGUGCGUGCAGCAUGCAUGGUGUGUGCUGCAUGCAUGGUGCGUGCUGCAUGCAUGGUGCGUGCUGCAUGCAUGGUGCGUGCUGCAUGCAUGGUGCGUGCUGCAUCCAUGGUGCGUGCUGCAUCCAUGGUGCGUGCAGCAUGCAUGGUGCGUGCUGCAUGCAUGGUGCGUGCUGCAUGCAUGGUGCGUGCUGCAUGCAUGGUGCGUGCUGCAUGCAUGGUGCGUGCUGCAUGCAUGGUGCGUGCUGCAUGCAUGGUGCGUGCUGCAUGCAUGGUGCGUGCUGCAUCCAUGGUGCGUGCUGCAUGCAUGGUGUGUGCAGCAUGCAUGGUGUGUGCUGCAUGCAUGGUGCGUGCUGCAUGCAUGGUGCGUGCUGCAUGCAUGGUGCGUGCUGCAUGCAUGGUGCGUGCUGCAUGCAUGGUGCGUGCUGCAUGCAUGGUGCGUGAUGCAUGCAUGGUGCGUGCUGCAUGCAUGGUGGGUGCUGCAUGCAUGGUGCGUGCUGCAUGUAUGGUGCGUGCUGCAUCCAUGGUGCGUGCUGCAUCCAUGGUGUGUGCUGCAUGCAUGGUGUGUGCUGCAUGCAUGGUGGGUGCUGCAUGCAUGGUGCGUGCUGCAUGUAUGGUGCGUGCUGCAUGCAUGGUGCGUGCUGCAUGCAUGGUGGGUGCUGCAUGCAUGGUGCGUGCUGCAUGUAUGGUGCGUGCUGCAUGCAUGGUGCGUGAUGCAUGCAUGGUGCGUGCUGCAUGCAUGGUGGGUGCUGCAUGCAUGGUGCGUGCUGCAUGUAUGGUGCGUGCUGCAUCCAUGGUGCGUGCUGCAUCCAUGGUGUGUGCUGCAUGCAUGGUGUGUGCUGCAUGCAUGGUGUGUGCUUUAUGCAUGGUGCGUGCUGCAUGCAUGGUGCGUGCUGCAUGCAUGGUGCGUGCUGCAUGCAUGGUGCGUGAUGCAUGCAUGGUGCGUGCUGCAUGCAUGGUGGGUGCUGCAUGCAUGGUGCGUGCUGCAUCCAUGGUGCGUGCUGCAUCCAUGGUGUGUGCUGCAUGCAUGGUGCGUGCUGCAUGCAUGGUGCGUGCUGCAUGCAUGGUGCGUGCUGCAUCCAUGGUGUGUGCUGCAUCCAUGGUGCGUGCUGCAUCCAUGGUGUGUGCUGCAUGCAUGGUGCGUGCUGCAUGCAUGGUGCGUGCUGCAUGCAUGGUGCGUGCUGCAUGCAUGGUGCGUGCUGCAUGCAUGGUGCGUGCUGCAUGCAUGGUGCGUGAUGCAUGCAUGGUGCGUGCUGCAUGCAUGGUGGGUGCUGCAUGCAUGGUGCGUGCUGCAUGUAUGGUGCGUGCUGCAUCCAUGGUGCGUGCUGCAUCCAUGGUGUGUGCUGCAUGCAUGGUGUGUGCUGCAUGCAUGGUGGGUGCUGCAUGCAUGGUGCGUGCUGCAUGUAUGGUGCGUGCUGCAUGCAUGGUGCGUGCUGCAUGCAUGGUGGGUGCUGCAUGCAUGGUGCGUGCUGCAUGUAUGGUGCGUGCUGCAUGCAUGGUGCGUGAUGCAUGCAUGGUGCGUGCUGCAUGCAUGGUGGGUGCUGCAUGCAUGGUGCGUGCUGCAUGUAUGGUGCGUGCUGCAUCCAUGGUGCGUGCUGCAUCCAUGGUGUGUGCUGCAUGCAUGGUGUGUGCUGCAUGCAUGGUGUGUGCUUUAUGCAUGGUGCGUGCUGCAUGCAUGGUGCGUGCUGCAUGCAUGGUGCGUGCUGCAUGCAUGGUGCGUGAUGCAUGCAUGGUGCGUGCUGCAUGCAUGGUGGGUGCUGCAUGCAUGGUGCGUGCUGCAUCCAUGGUGCGUGCUGCAUCCAUGGUGUGUGCUGCAUGCAUGGUGUGUGCUGCAUGCAUGGUGGGUGCUGCAUGCAUGGUGCGUGCUGCAUGUAUGGUGCGUGCUGCAUGCAUGGUGCGUGCUGCAUGCAUGGUGGGUGCUGCAUGCAUGGUGCGUGCUGCAUGUAUGGUGCGUGCUGCAUGCAUGGUGCGUGAUGCAUGCAUGGUGCGUGCUGCAUGCAUGGUGGGUGCUGCAUGCAUGGUGCGUGCUGCAUGUAUGGUGCGUGCUGCAUCCAUGGUGCGUGCUGCAUCCAUGGUGUGUGCUGCAUGCAUGGUGUGUGCUGCAUGCAUGGUGCGUGCUGCAUGCAUGGUGUGUGCUGCAUGCAUGGUGCGUGCUGCAUGCAUGGUGUGUGCUGCAUGCAUGGUGUGUGCUGCAUGCAUGGUGUGUGCUUCAUGCAUGGUGCGUGCUGCAUGCAUGGUGUGUGCUGCAUGCAUGGUGCGUGCUGCAUGUAUGGUGCGUGCUGCAUCCAUGGUGCGUGCUGCAUCCAUGGUGUGUGCUGCUUGCAUGGUGUGUGCUGCAUGCAUGGUGCGUGCUGCAUGCAUGGUGGGUGCUGCAUGCAUGGUGCGUGCUGCAUGUAUGGUGCGUGCUGCAUCCAUGGUGCGUGCUGCAUCCAUGGUGUGUGCUGCAUGCAUGGUGUGUGCUGCAUGCAUGGUGUGUGCUGCAUGCAUGGUGUGUGCUGCAUGCAUGGUGUGUGCUGCAUGCAUGGUGUGUGCUUCAUGCAUGGUGCGUGCUGCAUGCAUGGUGUGUGCUGCAUGCAUGGUGCGUGCUGCAUGUAUGGUGCGUGCUGCAUCCAUGGUGCGUGCUGCAUCCAUGGUGUGUGCUGCUUGCAUGGUGUGUGCUGCAUGCAUGGUGCGUGCUGCAUGCAUGGUGGGUGCUGCAUGCAUGGUGCGUGCUGCAUGUAUGGUGCGUGCUGCAUCCAUGGUGCGUGCUGCAUCCAUGGUGUGUGCUGCAUGCAUGGUGUGUGCUGCAUGCAUGGUGCGUGCUGCAUGCAUGGUGGGUGCUGCAUGCAUGGUGCGUGCUGCAUGUAUGGUGCGUGCUGCAUCCAUGGUGCGUGCUGCAUCCAUGGUGUGUGCUGCAUGCAUGGUGUGUGCUGCAUGCAUGGUGUGUGCUGCAUGCAUGGUGCGUGCUGCAUGCAUGGUGCGUGCUGCAUGCAUGUUGCGUGCUGCAUGCAUGGUGUGUGCUGCAUGCAUGGUGUGUGCUGCAUGCAUGGUGCGUGCUGCAUGCAUGGUGUGUGCUGCAUGCAUUGUGCGUGCUGCAUGCAUGGUGUGUGCUGCAUGCAUGGUGCGUGCUGCAUGCAUGGUGCGUGCUGCAUGCAUGGUGCGUGCUGCAUGCAUGGUGUGUGCUGCAUGCAUGGUUGUGCUGCAUCCAUGCAUGCAUGGUUGUGCUGCAUCCAUGGUGUGUGCUGCAUGCAUGGUGUGUGCUGCUUGCAUGGUGUGUGCUUCAUGCAUGGUGUGUGCUGCAUGCAUGGUGCGUGCUGCAUGCAUGCAUGCAUGGUUGUGCUGCAUCCAUGGUGUGUGCUGCAUGCAUGGUGUGUGCUGCUUGCAUGGUGUGUGCUUCAUGCAUGGUGUGUGCUGCAUGCAUGGUGCGUGCUGCAUGCAUGGUGCGUGCUGCAUGCAUGGUUGUGCUGCAUCCAUGGUGUGUGCUGCAUGCAUGGUGUGUGCUUCAUGCAUGGUGCGUGCUGCAUGCAUGGUGCGUGCUGCAUGCAUGGUGUGUGCUGCAUGCAUGGUGCGUGCUGCAUGCAUGGUGCAUGCUGCAUGCAUGGUGUGUGCUGCAUGCAUGGUGCGUGCUGCAUGCAUGGUGUGUGCAGCAUGCAUGGUGUGUGCUUCAUGCAUGGUGCGUGCUUCAUGCAUGGUGCGUGCUGCAUGCAUGGUGCGUGCUGCAUGCAUGGUGCGUGCUGCAUGCAUGGUGCGUGCAGCAUGCAUGGUGUGUGCUUCAUGCAUGGUGCGUGCUUCAUGCAUGGUGUGUGCUUCAUGCAUGGUGCGUGCUGCAUGCAUGGUGCGUGCUGCAUGCAUGGUGCGUGCUGCAUGCAUGGUGCGUGCUGCAUGCAUGGUGUGUGCUGCAUGCAUGGUGCGUGCUGCAUGCAUGGUGCGUGCUGCAUGCAUGGUGUGUGCUGCUUGCAUGGUGUGUGCAGCAUGCAUGGUUGUGCUGCAUGCAUGGUGUGUGCUGCUUGCAUGCAUGCAUGGUUGUGCUGCAUGCAUGGUGUGUGCUGCUUGCAUGGUGUGUGCUGCAUGCAUGGUGCGUGCUGCAUGCAUGGUGUGUGCUGCAUGCAUGGUGCGUGCUGCAUGCAUGGUGCGUGCUUCAUGCAUGGUGCGUGCUGCAUGCAUGGUGCGUGCUGCAUGCAUGGUGCGUGCUGCUUGCAUGGUGUGUGCUGCAUGCAUGGUGCGUGCUGCAUGCAUGGUGUGUGCAGCAUGCAUGGUGUGUGCUUCAUGCAUGGUGCGUGCUUCAUGCAUGGUGUGUGCUUCAUGCAUGGUGCGUGCUGCAUGCAUGGUGCGUGCUGCAUGCAUGGUGCGUGCUGCAUGCAUGGUGCGUGCUGCAUGCAUGGUGUGUGCUGCAUGCAUGGUGCGUGCUGCAUGCAUGGUGCGUGCUGCAUGCAUGGUGUGUGCUGCUUGCAUGGUGUGUGCAGCAUGCAUGGUUGUGCUGCAUGCAUGCAUGCAUGGUUGUGCUGCAUGCAUGGUGUGUGCUGCUUGCAUGGUGUGUGCUGCAUGCAUGGUGCGUGCUGCAUGCAUGGUGCGUGCAGCAUGCAUGGUGUGUGCUGCUUGCAUGGUGUGUGCUGCUUGCAUGGUUGUGCUGCAUCCAUGCAUGCAUGGUUGUGCUGCUUGCAUGGUGUGUGCUGCUUGCAUGGUGCGUGCUGCAUGCAUGGUGCGUGCUGCAUGCAUGGUGCGUGCUGCAUGCAUGGUGCGUGCAGCAUGCAUGGUGUGUGCAGCAUGCAUGGUUGUGCUGCAUGCAUGGUGUGUGCUGCAUGCAUGGUGUGUGCUGCAUGCAUGGUGCGUGCUGCAUGCAUGGUGUGUGCUGCUUGCAUGGUGUGUGCUGCAUGCAUGGUGUGUGCUGCUUGCAUGGUGCGUGCUGCUUGCAUGGUGUGUGCUGCUUGCAUGGUGCGUGCUGCAUGCAUGGUGUGUGCUGCUUGCAUGGUGCGUGCUGCAUGCAUGGUGCGUGCUGCAUGCAUGGUGUGUGCUGCAUGCAUGGUGCGUGCUGCAUGCAUGGUGCGUGCUGCAUGCAUGGUGUGUGCUGCAUGCAUGGUGCGUGCUGCAUGCAUGGUGUGUGCUGCUUGCAUGGUGUGUGCUGCAUGCAUGGUGCGUGCUGCAUGCAUGGUGCGUGCUGCAUGCAUGGUUGUGCUGCAUCCAUGGUGUGUGCUGCAUCCAUGGUGUGUGCUGCAUGCAUGGUGUGUGCUGCAUGCAUGGUGUGUGCUGCUUGCAUGGUGUGUGCUGCAUGCAUGGUGUGUGCUGCUUGCAUGGUGUGUGCUGCAUGCAUGGUGCGUGCUGCAUGCAUGGUGUGUGCUGCUUGCAUGGUGUGUGCUGCAUGCAUGGUGUGUGCUGCAUGCAUGGUGUGUGCUGCAUGCAUGGUGUGUGCUGCAUGCAUGGUGUGUGCUGCUUGCAUGGUGUGUGCUGCUUGCAUGGUGUGUGCUGCUUGCAUGGUGUGUGCUGCUUGCAUGGUGCGUGCUGCAUGCAUGGUGUGUGCUGCUUGCAUGGUGUGUGCUGCUUGCAUGGUGUGUGCUGCAUGCAUGGUGCGUGGUGCUUGCAUGGUGUGUGCUGCAUGCAUGGUGCGUGCUGCAUGCAUGGUGCGUGCUGCAUGCAUGGUGUGUGCUGCAUGCAUGGUGUGUGCUGCAUGCAUGGUGCGUGCUGCAUGCAUGGUGCGUGCUGCAUGCAUGGUGCGUGCUGCAUGCAUGGUGUGUGCUGCAUGCAUGGUGUGUGCUGCAUGCAUGGUGUGUGCUUCAUGCAUGGUGCGUGCUGCAUGCAUGGUGUGUGCUGCAUGCAUGGUGCGUGCUGCUUGCAUGGUGCGUGCUGCAUGCAUGGUGCGUGCUGCAUGCAUGGUGCGUGCUGCAUGCAUGGUGCGUGCUGCAUGCAUGGUGCGUGCUGCAUGCAUGGUGCGUGCUGCAUGCAUGGUGCGUGCUGCUUGCAUGGUGCGUGCUGCUUGCAUGGUGCGUGCUGCUUGCAUGGUGCGUGCUGCUUGCAUGGUGCGUGCUGCAUGCAUGGUGCGUGCUGCAUGCAUGGUGCGUGCUGCAUGUAUGGUGCGUGCUGCAUGCAUGGUGCGUGCUGCAUGCAUGGUGCGUGCUGCAUGCAUGGUGCGUGCUGCAUGCAUGGUGCGUGCUGCAUGCAUGGUGCGUGCUGCAUGCAUGGUGCGUGCUGCAUGCAUGGUGCGUGCUGCAUGCAUGGUGCGUGCUGCAUGCAUGGUGCGUGCUGCAUGCAUGGUGCGUGCUGCAUGCAUGGUGUGUGCUGCAUGCAUGGUGGGUGCUGCAUGCAUGGUGGGUGCUGCAUGCAUGGUGCGUGCUGCAUGCAUGGUGCGUGCUGCAUGCAUGGUGCGUGCUGCAUGCAUGGUGCGUGCUGCAUGCAUGGUGCGUGCUGCAUGCAUGGUGCGGUGUGUGCUGCAUGCAUGGUGUGUGCUGCAUGCAUGGUGUGUGCUGCAUGCAUGGUGUGUGCUGCAUGCAUGGUGUGUGCUGCAUGCAUGGUGUGUGCUGCAUGCAUGGUGGGUGCUGCAUGCAUGGUGGGUGCUGCUUGCAUGGUGCGUGCUUCAUGCAUGGUGUGUGCUUCAUGCAUGGUGUGUGCUGCAUGCAUGGUGUGUGCUGCAUGCAUGGUGCGUGCUGCAUGCAUGGUGCGUGCUGCAUGCAUGGUGCGUGCUGCAUGCAUGGUGCGUGCUGCAUGCAUGGUGCGUGCUGCAUGCAUGGUGCGUGCUGCAUGCAUGGUGUGUGCUGCAUGCAUGGUGUGUGCUGCAUGCAUGGUGCGUGCUGCAUGCAUGGUGCGUGCUGCAUGCAUGGUGCGUGCUGCAUGCAUGGUGCGUGCUGCAUGCAUGGUGUGUGCUGCAUGCAUGGUGUGUGCUGCUUGCAUGGUGUGUGCUGCUUGCAUGGUGUGUGCUGCUUGCAUGGUGCGUGCUGCAUGCAUGGUGCGUGCUGCAUGCAUGGUGCGUGCUGCAUGCAUGGUGCGUGCUGCAUGCAUGGUGCGUGCUGCAUGCAUGGUGCGUGCUGCAUGCAUGGUGCGUGCUGCAUGCAUGGUGUGUGCUGCAUGCAUGGUGUGUGCUGCAUGCAUGGUGUGUGCUGCAUGCAUGGUGUGUGCUGCUUGCAUGGUGCGUGCUGCAUGCAUGGUGCGUGCUGCAUGCAUGGUGCGUGCUGCAUGCAUGGUGGGUGCUGCAUGCAUGGUGGGUGCUGCAUGCAUGGUGGGUGCUGCAUGCAUGGUGCGUGCUGCAUGCAUGGUGCGUGCUGCAUGCAUGGUGCGUGCUGCAUGCAUGGUGCGUGCUGCUUGCAUGGUGCGUGCUGCUUGCAUGGUGCGUGCUGCUUGCAUGGUGCGUGCUGCUUGCAUGGUGUGUGCUGCAUGCAUGGUGUGUGCUGCAUGCAUGGUGCGUGCUGCAUGCAUGGUGUGUGCUGCUUGCAUGGUGCGUGCUGCUUGCAUGGUGCGUGCUGCAUGCAUGGUGCGUGCUGCAUGCAUGGUGUGUGCUGCAUGCAUGGUGUGUGCUGCAUGCAUGGUGUGUGCUGCAUGCAUGGUGCGUGCUGCAUGCAUGGUGUGUGCUGCAUGCAUGGUGUGUGCUGCAUGCAUGGUGCGUGCUGCAUGCAUGGUGCGUGCUGCAUGCAUGGUGUGUGCUGCUUGCAUGGUGUGUGCUGCAUGCAUGGUGUGUGCUGCUUGCAUGGUGUGUGCUGCUUGCAUGGUGGGUGGGUGCUUCAUGCAUGGUGCGUGCUGCAUGCAUGGUGCGUGCUGCUUGCAUGGUGCGUGCUGCUUGCAUGGUGCGUGCUGCUUGCAUGGUGUGUGCUGCAUGCAUGGUGCGUGCUGCAUGCAUGGUGCGUGCUGCUUGCAUGGUGUGUGCUGCUUGCAUGGUGGGUGCUGCAUGCAUGGUGCGUGCUGCAUGCAUGGUGCGUGCUGCAUGCAUGGUGCGUGCUGCAUGCAUGGUGCGUGCUGCAUGCAUGGUGCGUGCUGCAUGCAUGGUGCGUGCUGCAUGCAUGGUGCGUGCUGCAUGCAUGGUGCGUGCUGCAUGCAUGGUGCUUGCUGCAUGCAUGGUGCGUGCUGCAUGCAUGGUGCGUGCUGCAUGCAUGGUGCGUGCUGCAUGCAUGGUGCGUGCUGCAUGCAUGGUGCGUGCUGCUUGCAUGGUGGGUGCUGCUUGCAUGGUGGGUGGGUGCUUCAUGCAUGGUGCGUGCUGCAUGCAUGGUGUGUGCUGCAUGCAUGGUGUGUGCUGCAUGCAUGGUGUGUGCUGCAUGCAUGGUGUGUGCUGCAUGCAUGGUGUGUGCUGCAUGCAUGGUGCGUGCUGCAUGCAUGGUGCACUGCAUGCAUGGUGCGUGCUGCAUGCAUGGUGUGUGCUGCUUGCAUGGUGCGUGCUGCUUGCAUGGUGCGUGCUGCUUGCAUGGUGCGUGCUGCUUGCAUGGUGCGUGCUGCAUGCAUGGUGCGUGCUGCAUGCAUGGUGCGUGCUGCAUGCAUGGUGCGUGCUGCAUGCAUGGUGCGUGCUGCAUGCAUGGUGCGUGCUGCAUGCAUGGUGCGUGCUGCAUGCAUGGUGCGUGCUGCAUGCAUGGUGUGUGCUGCAUGCAUGGUGUGUGCUGCAUGCAUGGUGUGUGCUGCAUGCAUGGUGUGUGCUGCAUGCAUGGUGUGUGCUGCAUGCAUGGUGGGUGCUGCAUGCAUGGUGGGUGCUGCAUGCAUGGUGCGUGCUGCAUGCAUGGUGCGUGCUGCAUGCAUGGUGCGUGCUGCAUGCAUGGUGCGUGCUGCAUGCAUGGUGCGUGCUGCAUGCAUGGUGCGUGCUGCAUGCAUGGUGCGUGCUGCAUGCAUGGUGUGUGCUGCAUGCAUGGUGUGUGCUGCAUGCAUGGUGUGUGCUGCAUGCAUGGUGCGUGCUGCAUGCAUGGUGCGUGCUGCAUGCAUGGUGCGUGCUGCAUGCAUGGUGGGUGCUGCUUGCAUGGUGGGUGCUGCUUGCAUGGUGCGUGCUGCAUGCAUGGUGCGUGCUGCAUGCAUGGUGCGUGCUGCAUGCAUGGUGCGUGCUGCAUGCAUGGUGUGUGCUGCAUGCAUGGUGUGUGCUGCUUGCAUGGUGUGUGCUGCUUGCAUGGUGUGUGCUGCUUGCAUGGUGCGUGCUGCAUGCAUGGUGCGUGCUGCAUGCAUGGUGCGUGCUGCAUGCAUGGUGCGUGCUGCAUGCAUGGUGCGUGCUGCAUGCAUGGUGCGUGCUGCAUGCAUGGUGUGUGCUGCAUGCAUGGUGUGUGCUGCAUGCAUGGUGUGUGCUGCAUGCAUGGUGUGUGCUGCUUGCAUGGUGCGUGCUGCAUGCAUGGUGCGUGCUGCAUGCAUGGUGCGUGCUGCAUGCAUGGUGGGUGCUGCAUGCAUGGUGGGUGCUGCAUGCAUGGUGGGUGCUGCAUGCAUGGUGCGUGCUGCAUGCAUGGUGCGUGCUGCAUGCAUGGUGCGUGCUGCAUGCAUGGUGCGUGCUGCUUGCAUGGUGCGUGCUGCUUGCAUGGUGCGUGCUGCUUGCAUGGUGCGUGCUGCUUGCAUGGUGUGUGCUGCAUGCAUGGUGUGUGCUGCAUGCAUGGUGCGUGCUGCAUGCAUGGUGUGUGCUGCUUGCAUGGUGCGUGCUGCUUGCAUGGUGCGUGCUGCAUGCAUGGUGCGUGCUGCAUGCAUGGUGUGUGCUGCAUGCAUGGUGUGUGCUGCAUGCAUGGUGUGUGCUGCAUGCAUGGUGCGUGCUGCAUGCAUGGUGUGUGCUGCAUGCAUGGUGUGUGCUGCAUGCAUGGUGCGUGCUGCAUGCAUGGUGCGUGCUGCAUGCAUGGUGUGUGCUGCUUGCAUGGUGUGUGCUGCAUGCAUGGUGUGUGCUGCUUGCAUGGUGUGUGCUGCUUGCAUGGUGGGUGGGUGCUUCAUGCAUGGUGCGUGCUGCAUGCAUGGUGCGUGCUGCUUGCAUGGUGCGUGCUGCUUGCAUGGUGCGUGCUGCUUGCAUGGUGUGUGCUGCAUGCAUGGUGCGUGCUGCAUGCAUGGUGCGUGCUGCUUGCAUGGUGUGUGCUGCUUGCAUGGUGGGUGCUGCAUGCAUGGUGCGUGCUGCAUGCAUGGUGCGUGCUGCAUGCAUGGUGCGUGCUGCAUGCAUGGUGCGUGCUGCAUGCAUGGUGCGUGCUGCAUGCAUGGUGCGUGCUGCAUGCAUGGUGCGUGCUGCAUGCAUGGUGCGUGCUGCAUGCAUGGUGCUUGCUGCAUGCAUGGUGCGUGCUGCAUGCAUGGUGCGUGCUGCAUGCAUGGUGCGUGCUGCAUGCAUGGUGCGUGCUGCAUGCAUGGUGCGUGCUGCUUGCAUGGUGGGUGCUGCUUGCAUGGUGGGUGGGUGCUUCAUGCAUGGUGCGUGCUGCAUGCAUGGUGUGUGCUGCAUGCAUGGUGUGUGCUGCAUGCAUGGUGUGUGCUGCAUGCAUGGUGUGUGCUGCAUGCAUGGUGUGUGCUGCAUGCAUGGUGCGUGCUGCAUGCAUGGUGCACUGCAUGCAUGGUGCGUGCUGCAUGCAUGGUGUGUGCUGCUUGCAUGGUGCGUGCUGCUUGCAUGGUGCGUGCUGCUUGCAUGGUGCGUGCUGCUUGCAUGGUGCGUGCUGCAUGCAUGGUGCGUGCUGCAUGCAUGGUGCGUGCUGCAUGCAUGGUGCGUGCUGCAUGCAUGGUGCGUGCUGCAUGCAUGGUGCGUGCUGCAUGCAUGGUGCGUGCUGCAUGCAUGGUGCGUGCUGCAUGCAUGGUGCGUGCUGCAUGCAUGGUGUGUGCUGCAUGCAUGGUGUGUGCUGCAUGCAUGGUGUGUGCUGCAUGCAUGGUGUGUGCUGCAUGCAUGGUGUGUGCUGCAUGCAUGGUGGGUGCUGCAUGCAUGGUGGGUGCUGCAUGCAUGGUGCGUGCUGCAUGCAUGGUGCGUGCUGCAUGCAUGGUGCGUGCUGCAUGCAUGGUGCGUGCUGCAUGCAUGGUGCGUGCUGCAUGCAUGGUGCGUGCUGCAUGCAUGGUGCGUGCUGCAUGCAUGGUGUGUGCUGCAUGCAUGGUGUGUGCUGCAUGCAUGGUGUGUGCUGCAUGCAUGGUGCGUGCUGCAUGCAUGGUGCGUGCUGCAUGCAUGGUGCGUGCUGCAUGCAUGGUGGGUGCUGCUUGCAUGGUGGGUGCUGCUUGCAUGGUGCGUGCUGCAUGCAUGGUGCGUGCUGCAUGCAUGGUGCGUGCUGCAUGCAUGGUGCGUGCUGCAUGCAUGGUGUGUGCUGCUUGCAUGGUGUGUGCUGCAUGCAUGGUGCGUGCUGCAUGCAUGGUGCGUGCUGCAUGCAUGGUGCGUGCUGCAUGCAUGGUGUGUGCUGCUUGCAUGGUGCGUGCUGCAUGCAUGGUGUGUGCUGCAUGCAUGGUGCGUGCUGCAUGCAUGGUGUGUGCUGCAUGCAUGGUGUGUGCUGCAUGCAUGGUGUGUGCUGCAUGCAUGGUGGGUGCUGCUUGCAUGGUGCGUGCUGCAUGCAUGGUGCGUGCUGCAUGCAUGGUGCGUGCUGCAUGCAUGGUGUGUGCUGCAUGCAUGGUGCGUGCUGCUUGCAUGGUGGGUGCUGCUUGCAUGGUGCGUGCUGCAUGCAUGGUGCGUGCUGCAUGCAUGGUGCGUGCUGCAUGCAUGGUGCGUGCUGCAUGCAUGGUGCGUGCUGCAUGCAUGGUGCGUGCUGCUUGCAUGGUGCGUGCUGCUUGCAUGGUGCGUGCUGCAUGCAUGGUGCGUGCUGCAUGCAUGGUGCGUGCUGCAUGCAUGGUGUGUGCUGCAUGCAUGGUGCGUGCUGCUUGCAUGGUGCGUGCUGCUUGCAUGGUGCGUGCUGCAUGCAUGGUGCGUGCUGCAUGCAUGGUGCGUGCUGCAUGCAUGGUGCGUGCUGCAUGCAUGGUGCGUGCUGCAUGCAUGGUGUGUGCUGCUUGCAUGGUGUGUGCUACUUGCAUGGUGUGUGCUGCUUGCAUGGUGUGUGCUGCUUGCAUGGUGUGUGCUGCUUGCAUGGUCAUGCAUGGUUGUGCUGCAUGCAUGGUGCGUGCUGCAUGCAUGGUGCGUGCUGCAUGCAUGGUGCGUGCUUCAUGCAUGGUGUGUGCUGCAUGCAUGGUGUGUGCUGCAUGCAUGGUGCGUGCUGCAUGCAUGGUGUGUGCUGCAUGCAUGGUGUGUGCUGCUUGCAUGGUGUGUGCUGCAUGCAUGGUGCGUGCUGCAUGCAUGGUGUGUGCUGCAUGCAUGGUGCGUGCUGCAUGCAUGGUGCGUGCUACUUGCAUGGUGCGUGCUGCUUGCAUGGUGCGUGCUGCUUGCAUGGUGCGUGCUGCAUGCAUGGUGCGUGCUGCAUGCAUGGUGUGUGCUGCAUGCAUGGUGUGUGCUGCAUGCAUGGUGUGUGCUGCAUGCAUGGUGUGUGCUGCAUGCAUGGUGUGUGCUGCAUGCAUGGUGUGUGCUGCAUGCAUGGUGUGUGCUGCAUGCAUGGUGCGUGCUGCAUGCAUGGUGCGUGCUGCAUGCAUGGUGUGUGCUGCAUGCAUGGUGUGUGCUGCAUGCAUGGUGUGUGCUGCAUGCAUGGUGUGUGCUGCAUGCAUGGUGCGUGCUGCAUGCAUGGUGUGUGCUGCAUGCAUGGUGUGUGCUGCUUGCAUGGUGUGUGCUGCAUGCAUGGUGUGUGCUGCAUGCAUGGUGUGUGCUGCAUGCAUGGUGUGUGCUGCUUGCAUGGUGUGUGCUGCAUGCAUGGUGUGUGCUGCAUGCAUGGUGCGUGCUGCAUGCAUGGUGUGUGCUGCAUGCAUGGUGCCAUGCAUGGGGCGUGCUGCAUCCAUGGUGCGUGCUGCAUGCAUGGUGCGUGCUGCAUGCAUGGUGUGUGCUGCUUGCAUGGUGCGUGCUGCAUGCAUGGUGCGUGCUGCAUGCAUGGUGUGUGCUGCAUGCAUGGUGCGUGCUGCAUGCAUGGUGUGUGCUGCUUGCAUGGUGUGUGCUGCUUGCAUGGUGUGUGCUGCAUGCAUGGUGCGUGCUGCAUGCAUGGUGUGUGCUGCAUGCAUGGUGCGUGCUGCUUGCAUGGUGGCAGUAUCACGGCUGGGAUAUCACGGCUGGGAGUAUGCCGGCAUGGUGGCAGUAUCACGGCUGGGAGUAUGCCGGCAUGGUGGCAGUAUCACGGCUGGGAGUAUGCCGGCAUGGUGGCAGUAUCACGGCUGGGAGUAUGCCGGCAUGGUGGCAGUAUCACGGCUGGGAGUAUGCCGGCAUGGUGGCAGUAUCACGGCUGGGAGUAUGCCGGCAUGGUGGCAGUAUCACGGCUGGGAGUAUGCCGGCAUGGUGGCAGUAUCACGGCUGGGAGUAUGCCGGCAUGGUGGCAGUAUCACGGCUGGGAGUAUGCCGGCAUGGUGGCAGUAUCACGGCUGGGAGUAUGCCGGCAUGGUGGCAGUAUCACGGCUGGGAGUAUGCCGGCAUGGUGGCAGUAUCACGGCUGGGAGUAUGCCGGCAUGGUGGCAGUAUCACGGCUGGGAGUAUGCCGGCAUGGUGGCAGUAUCACGGCUGGGAGUAUGCCGGCAUGGUGGCAGUAUCACGGCUGGGAGUAUGCCGGCAUGGUGGCAGUAUCACGGCUGGGAGUAUGCCGGCAUGGUGGCAGUAUCACGGCUGGGAGUAUGCCGGCAUGGUGGCAGUAUCACGGCUGGGAGUAUGCCGGCAUGGUGGCAGUAUCACGGCUGGGAGUAUGCCGGCAUGGUGGCAGUAUCACGGCUGGGAGUAUGCCGGCAUGGUGGCAGUAUCACGGCUGGGAGUAUGCCGGCAUGGUGGCAGUAUCACGGCUGGGAGUAUGCCGGCAUGGUGGCAGUAUCACGGCUGGGAGUAUGCCGGCAUGGUGGCAGUAUCACGGCUGGGAGUAUGCCGGCAUGGUGGCAGUAUCACGGCUGGGAGUAUGCCGGCAUGGUGGCAGUAUCACGGCUGGGAGUAUGCCGGCAUGGUGGCAGUAUCACGGCUGGGAGUAUGCCGGCAUGGUGGCAGUAUCACGGCUGGGAGUAUGCCGGCAUGGUGGCAGUAUCACGGCUGGGAGUAUGCCGGCAUGGUGGCAGUAUCACGGCUGGGAGUAUGCCGGCAUGGUGGCAGUAUCACGGCUGGGAGUAUGCCGGCAUGGUGGCAGUAUCACGGCUGGGAGUAUGCCGGCAUGGUGGCAGUAUCACGGCUGGGAGUAUGCCGGCAUGGUGGCAGUAUCACGGCUGGGAGUAUGCCGGCAUGGUGGCAGUAUCACGGCUGGGAGUAUGCCGGCAUGGUGGCAGUAUCACGGCUGGGAGUAUGCCGGCAUGGUGGCAGUAUCACGGCUGGGAGUAUGCCGGCAUGGUGGCAGUAUCACGGCUGGGAGUAUGCCGGCAUGGUGGCAGUAUCACGGCUGGGAGUAUGCCGGCAUGGUGGCAGUAUCACGGCUGGGAGUAUGCCGGCAUGGUGGCAGUAUCACGGCUGGGAGUAUGCCGGCAUGGUGGCAGUAUCACGGCUGGGAGUAUGCCGGCAUGGUGGCAGUAUCACGGCUGGGAGUAUGCCGGCAUGGUGGCAGUAUCACGGCUGGGAGUAUGCCGGCAUGGUGGCAGUAUCACGGCUGGGAGUAUGCCGGCAUGGUGGCAGUAUCACGGCUGGGAGUAUGCCGGCAUGGUGGCAGUAUCACGGCUGGGAGUAUGCCGGCAUGGUGGCAGUAUCACGGCUGGGAGUAUGCCGGCAUGGUGGCAGUAUCACGGCUGGGAGUAUGCCGGCAUGGUGGCAGUAUCACGGCUGGGAGUAUGCCGGCAUGGUGGCAGUAUCACGGCUGGGAGUAUGCCGGCAUGGUGGCAGUAUCACGGCUGGGAGUAUGCCGGCAUGGUGGCAGUAUCACGGCUGGGAGUAUGCCGGCAUGGUGGCAGUAUCACGGCUGGGAGUAUGCCGGCAUGGUGGCAGUAUCACGGCUGGGAGUAUGCCGGCAUGGUGGCAGUAUCACGGCUGGGAGUAUGCCGGCAUGGUGGCAGUAUCACGGCUGGGAGUAUGCCGGCAUGGUGGCAGUAUCACGGCUGGGAGUAUGCCGGCAUGGUGGCAGUAUCACGGCUGGGAGUAUGCCGGCAUGGUGGCAGUAUCACGGCUGGGAGUAUGCCGGCAUGGUGGCAGUAUCACGGCUGGGAGUAUGCCGGCAUGGUGGCAGUAUCACGGCUGGGAGUAUGCCGGCAUGGUGGCAGUAUCACGGCUGGGAGUAUGCCGGCAUGGUGGCAGUAUCACGGCUGGGAGUAUGCCGGCAUGGUGGCAGUACCACGGCUGGGAGUAUGCCGGCAUGGUGGCAGUAUCACGGCUGGGAGUAUGCCGGCAUGGUGGCAGUAUCACGGCUGGGAGUAUGCCGGCAUGGUGGCAGUAUCACGGCUGGGAGUAUGCCGGCAUGGUGGCAGUAUCACGGCUGGGAGUAUGCCGGCAUGGUGGCAGUAUCACGGCUGGGAGUAUGCCGGCAUGGUGGCAGUAUCACGGCUGGGAGUAUGCCGGCAUGGUGGCAGUAUCACGGCUGGGAGUAUGCCGGCAUGGUGGCAGUAUCACGGCUGGGAGUAUGCCGGCAUGGUGGCAGUAUCACGGCUGGGAGUAUGCCGGCAUGGUGGCAGUAUCACGGCUGGGAGUAUGCCGGCAUGGUGGCAGUAUCACGGCUGGGAGUAUGCCGGCAUGGUGGCAGUAUCACGGCUGGGAGUAUGCCGGCAUGGUGGCAGUAUCACGGCUGGGAGUAUGCCGGCAUGGUGGCAGUAUCACGGCUGGGAGUAUGCCGGCAUGGUGGCAGUAUCACGGCUGGGAGUAUGCCGGCAUGGUGGCAGUAUCACGGCUGGGAGUAUGCCGGCAUGGUGGCAGUAUCACGGCUGGGAGUAUGCCGGCAUGGUGGCAGUAUCACGGCUGGGAGUAUGCCGGCAUGGUGGCAGUAUCACGGCUGGGAGUAUGCCGGCAUGGUGGCAAUAUCACGGCUGGGAGUAUGCCGGCAUGGUGGCAGUAUCACGGCUGGGAGUAUGCCGGCAUGGUGGCAGUAUCACGGCUGGGAGUAUGCCGGCAUGGUGGCAGUAUCACGGCUGGGAGUAUGCCGGCAUGGUGGCAGUAUCACGGCUGGGAGUAUGCCGGCAUGGUGGCAGUAUCACGGCUGGGAGUAUGCCGGCAUGGUGGCAGUAUCACGGCUGGGAGUAUGCCGGCAUGGUGGCAGUAUCACGGCUGGGAGUAUGCCGGCAUGGCGGCAGUAUCACGGCUGGGAGUAUGCCGGCAUGGCGGCAGUAUCACGGCUGGGAGUAUGCCGGCAUGGCGGCAGUAUCACGGCUGGGAGUAUGCCGGCAUGGCGGCAGUAUCACGGCUGGGAGUAUGCCGGCAUGGCGGCAGUAUCACGGCUGGGAGUAUGCCGGCAUGGUGGCAGUAUCACGGCUGGGAGUAUGCCGGCAUGGCGGCAGUAUCACGGCUGGGAGUAUGCCGGCAUGGUGGCAGUAUCACGGCUGGGAGUAUGCCGGCAUGGUGGCAGUAUCACGGCUGGGAGUAUGCCGGCAUGGUGGCAGUAUCACGGCUGGGAGUAUGCCGGCAUGGUGGCAGUAUCACGGCUGGGAGUAUGCCGGCAUGGUGGCAGUAUCACGGCUGGGAGUAUGCCGGCAUGGUGGCAGUAUCACGGCUGGGAGUAUGCCGGCAUGGUGGCAGUAUCACGGCUGGGAGUAUGCCGGCAUGGCGGCAGUAUCACGGCUGGGAGUAUGCCGGCAUGGCGGCAGUAUCACGGCUGGGAGUAUGCCGGCAUGGCGGCAGUAUCACGGCUGGGAGUAUGCCGGCAUGGCGGCAGUAUCACGGCUGGGAGUAUGCCGGCAUGGUGGCAGUAUCACGGCUGGGAGUAUGCCGGCAUGGCGGCAGUAUCACGGCUGGGAGUAUGCCGGCAUGGUGGCAGUAUCACGGCUGGGAGUAUGCCGGCAUGGUGGCAGUAUCACGGCUGGGAGUAUGCCGGCAUGGUGGCAGUAUCACGGCUGGGAGUAUGCCGGCAUGGUGGCAGUAUCACGGCUGGGAGUAUGCCGGCAUGGUGGCAGUAUCACGGCUGGGAGUAUGCCGGCAUGGUGGCAGUAUCACGGCUGGGAGUAUGCCGGCAUGGUGGCAGUAUCACGGCUGGGAGUAUGCCGGCAUGGUGGCAGUAUCACGGCUGGGAGUAUGCCGGCAUGGUGGCAGUAUCACGGCUGGGAGUAUGCCGGCAUGGUGGCAGUAUCACGGCUGGGAGUAUGCCGGCAUGGUGGCAGUAUCACGGCUGGGAGUAUGCCGGCAUGGUGGCAGUAUCACGGCUGGGAGUAUGCCGGCAUGGUGGCAGUAUCACGGCUGGGCUGGGAGUAUGCCGGCAUGGUGGCAGUAUCACGGCUGGGAGUAUGCCGGCAUGGUGGCAGUAUCACGGCUGGGAGUAUGCCGGCAUGGUGGCAGUAUCACGGCUGGGAGUAUGCCGGCAUGGUGGCAGUAUCACGGCUGGGAGUAUGCCGGCAUGGUGGCAGUAUCACGGCUGGGAGUAUGCCGGCAUGGUGGCAGUAUCACGGCUGGGAGUAUGCCGGCAUGGUGGCAGUAUCACGGCUGGGAGUAUGCCGGCAUGGUGGCAGUAUCACGGCUGGGAGUAUGCCGGCAUGGUGGCAGUAUCACGGCUGGGAGUAUGCCGGCAUGGUGGCAGUAUCACGGCUGGGAGUAUGCCGGCAUGGUGGCAGUAUCACGGCUGGGAGUAUGCCGGCAUGGUGGCAGUAUCACGGCUGGGAGUAUGCCGGCAUGGUGGCAGUAUCACGGCUGGGAGUAUGCCGGCAUGGUGGCAGUAUCACGGCUGGGAGUAUGCCGGCAUGGUGGCAGUAUCACGGCUGGGAGUAUGCCGGCAUGGUGGCAGUAUCACGGCUGGGAGUAUGCCGGCAUGGUGGCAGUAUCACGGCUGGGAGUAUGCCGGCAUGGUGGCAGUAUCACGGCUGGGAGUAUGCCGGCAUGGUGGCAGUAUCACGGCUGGGAGUAUGCCGGCAUGGUGGCAGUAUCACGGCUGGGAGUAUGCCGGCAUGGUGGCAGUAUCACGGCUGGGAGUAUGCCGGCAUGGUGGCAGUAUCACGGCUGGGAGUAUGCCGGCAUGGUGGCAGUAUCACGGCUGGGAGUAUGCCGGCAUGGUGGCAGUAUCACGGCUGGGAGUAUGCCGGCAUGGUGGCAGUAUCACGGCUGGGAGUAUGCCGGCAUGGUGGCAGUAUCACGGCUGGGAGUAUGCCGGCAUGGUGGCAGUAUCACGGCUGGGAGUAUGCCGGCAUGGUGGCAGUAUCACGGCUGGGAGUAUGCCGGCAUGGUGGCAGUAUCACGGCUGGGAGUAUGCCGGCAUGGUGGCAGUAUCACGGCUGGGAGUAUGCCGGCAUGGUGGCAGUAUCACGGCUGGGAGUAUGCCGGCAUGGUGGCAGUAUCACGGCUGGGAGUAUGCCGGCAUGGUGGCAGUAUCACGGCUGGGAGUAUGCCGGCAUGGUGGCAGUAUCACGGCUGGGAGUAUGCCGGCAUGGUGGCAGUAUCACGGCUGGGAGUAUGCCGGCAUGGUGGCAGUAUCACGGCUGGGAGUAUGCCGGCAUGGUGGCAGUAUCACGGCUGGGAGUAUGCCGGCAUGGUGGCAGUAUCACGGCUGGGAGUAUGCCGGCAUGGUGGCAGUAUCACGGCUGGGAGUAUGCCGGCAUGGUGGCAGUAUCACGGCUGGGAGUAUGCCGGCAUGGCGGCAGUAUCACGGCUGGGAGUAUGCCGGCAUGGCGGCAGUAUCACGGCUGGGAGUAUGCCGGCAUGGCGGCAGUAUCACGGCUGGGAGUAUGCCGGCAUGGUGGCAGUAUCACGGCUGGGAGUAUGCCGGCAUGGUGGCAGUAUCACGGCUGGGAGUAUGCCGGCAUGGUGGCAGUAUCACGGCUGGGAGUAUGCCGGCAUGGUGGCAGUAUCACGGCUGGGAGUAUGCCGGCAUGGUGGCAGUAUCACGGCUGGGAGUAUGCCGGCAUGGUGGCAGUAUCACGGCUGGGAGUAUGCCGGCAUGGCGGCAGUAUCACGGCUGGGAGUAUGCCGGCAUGGCGGCAGUAUCACGGCUGGGAGUAUGCCGGCAUGGCGGCAGUAUCACGGCUGGGAGUAUGCCGGCAUGGCGGCAGUAUCACGGCUGGGAGUAUGCCGGCAUGGUGGCAGUAUCACGGCUGGGAGUAUGCCGGCAUGGUGGCAGUAUCACGGCUGGGAGUAUGCCGGCAUGGUGGCAGUAUCACGGCUGGGAGUAUGCCGGCAUGGUGGCAGUAUCACGGCUGGGAGUAUGCCGGCAUGGUGGCAGUAUCACGGCUGGGAGUAUGCCGGCAUGGUGGCAGUAUCACGGCUGGGAGUAUGCCGGCAUGGCGGCAGUAUCACGGCUGGGAGUAUGCCGGCAUGGCGGCAGUAUCACGGCUGGGAGUAUGCCGGCAUGGCGGCAGUAUCACGGCUGGGAGUAUGCCGGCAUGGCGGCAGUAUCACGGCUGGGAGUAUGCCGGCAUGGUGGCAGUAUCACGGCUGGGAGUAUGCCGGCAUGGUGGCAGUAUCACGGCUGGGAGUAUGCCGGCAUGGUGGCAGUAUCACGGCUGGGAGUAUGCCGGCAUGGUGGCAGUAUCACGGCUGGGAGUAUGCCGGCAUGGUGGCAGUAUCACGGCUGGGAGUAUGCCGGCAUGGUGGCAGUAUCACGGCUGGGAGUAUGCCGGCAUGGUGGCAGUAUCACGGCUGGGAGUAUGCCGGCAUGGUAGCAGUAUCACGGCUGGGAGUAUGCCGGCAUGGUGGCAGUAUCACGGCUGGGAGUAUGCCGGCAUGGUGGCAGUAUCACGGCUGGGAGUAUGCCGGCAUGGUGGCAGUAUCACGGCUGGGAGUAUGCCGGCAUGGUGGCAGUAUCACGGCUGGGAGUAUGCCGGCAUGGUGGCAGUAUCACGGCUGGGAGUAUGCCGGCAUGGUGGCAGUAUCACGGCUGGGAGUAUGCCGGCAUGGUGGCAGUAUCACGGCUGGGAGUAUGCCGGCAUGGUGGCAGUAUCACGGCUGGGAGUAUGCCGGCAUGGUGGCAGUAUCACGGCUGGGAGUAUGCCGGCAUGGUGGCAGUAUCACGGCUGGGAGUAUGCCGGCAUGGUGGCAGUAUCACGGCUGGGAGUAUGCCGGCAUGGUGGCAGUAUCACGGCUGGGAGUAUGCCGGCAUGGUGGCAGUAUCACGGCUGGGAGUAUGCCGGCAUGGUGGCAGUAUCACGGCUGGGAGUAUGCCGGCAUGGUGGCAGUAUCACGGCUGGGAGUAUGCCGGCAUGGUGGCAGUAUCACGGCUGGGAGUAUGCCGGCAUGGUGGCAGUAUCACGGCUGGGAGUAUGCCGGCAUGGUGGCAGUAUCACGGCUGGGAGUAUGCCGGCAUGGUGGCAGUAUCACGGCUGGGAGUAUGCCGGCAUGGUGGCAGUAUCACGGCUGGGAGUAUGCCGGCAUGGUGGCAGUAUCACGGCUGGGAGUAUGCCGGCAUGGUGGCAGUAUCACGGCUGGGAGUAUGCCGACCUGGCUGGCCUUGCGCGCCGUGCGCUGUCCCAGCCCGUUUCCGCCGCCUCGUGCGAGCGGGGCUGGGCCACUUGGGACGGCGUGCACACGGCGCGCAGGAACAGGCUCGGGUCGGAGAAGGUGCGCGACCUUGUGUACGUUGCGCACAACUGGAAUGUUGUGCACAACCACCACAAGGGUGCGGCUGUUGCAGGGCCUAGUGGGUUGGGGGAGGAUGGGGAGGUGGAGGUGAAUGAGGACGACAUGUGCGUGGAUGAGCACGAUGGGCAGGAGGACGAGGAGGACGCGGAGGAGGCCGAGAAGGACGGGGAGGAGGCCUAG